AGGAGAAAGUUUAGUCUUGCCAUGCGCUCUACUGCGAGAGCGUGACAAAGUUUCGACGCAUGGAUAAUGUACACUAAAACGGCGUGGGACACACAUUAUUUGUUCGUAAGAUCCAGGAACGCCGCAGUUGUAACGGAUAAAACGCAUACAACGUCGAAUGUAAAAAGCAACACAUGCGUAUCGAUAGAGGGAAAAGUUUAAUAUGCGUUACCGGUACACGGCUUGUUUUCGGUUUGACAUUCAACGAACGGAGUACUUACCGUUGUAAAUAAAUAUAGUGAGAUCUUUUUGUGUGAAAGUCGCGCCUGGGAACCUCGUGGAGCCAAUUUUGGAUUAAAUGACGUAGGUUGUGGAUGUUUUACCCAAAAUAUUAUUGUUAUUACUGCGCAACUUUAUCCUAUCUUUGAAAAUGGACCUUUGUUUUAAACCUGACAGACUAUGAAAAAGGUUUUUGCCUAAUAUGCAUGGAUAGAAUGAUCUACUGAUUUAUUUUAUUAUGUGGAGGACUUUAUAAACUACUUUGUCUACUAAUGAUUGCUGUGGAAUGCUUUAAUUCAGUGUCAUUAUUAUGGCCUAUUACGUGAAGAUUGUGAUAUUAUUGUGGUGCCAGCUAAUUGAUGUUGCAUCAUUACUGGAGAUCGGAGCUUAUGAUAUUGAGCGAGGCAGACCAGUGAAAUGUGAACCCAUUACCAUUCCCAUGUGCCAAGGCAUAGGCUACAACAUGACGCGAAUGCCUAACUUCAUGAAGUAUGAAAGUCAGGAGGAGGCAAGCAUCAAACUGAACGAAUUCGACCCCUUGGUGAAGUAUGGCUGUGAUGUGCACCUCCGUUUCUUCCUGUGUUCCCUUUACGUCCCCAUGUGCACGGACCAGGUGUCCACAACUAUUCCGGCUUGCCGUGCUAUGUGUGAGCAGGCACGGCAGAAGUGCUCUCCCAUCAUGGAGAAGUUCAGUUUCAGUUGGCCAGACUCCUUGGAUUGUUCAAAGCUACCCACCAACAACGAUCCUAAUGCACUGUGCAUCGAGGCUCCGGAGAAUGACACCAUGCCCGAGACAAAAAAAGGGGAGGGUAUGCUCCCAGUGCCCACACGGCCCAGGCAGCCUGGUGGUGGGAGCGGGCGAUUAGCUGGCAGCGGGUCCUGUGAGAACCAGGAGAAGUUCCAGUAUGUGGAGAAGAGUGAAUCGUGUGCCCCCAGAUGUUCCCCCAUGGUAGAUGUGUUCUGGUCUCGACAAGACAAGGACUUCGCCUUCAUCUGGAUGGCUGUGUGGUCUGUCCUGUGCUUCAUCUCCACGGCCUUCACUGUCCUUACCUUCCUCCUGGACCCCCAGCGGUUCCAGUACCCCGAGAGACCCAUCAUCUUCCUCUCCAUGUGCUACAAUGUCUACUCCGUGGCUUUUAUCAUCCGCUCUGUGGCCGGUGCCGAGAACAUCGCCUGCGACAGGGAGAAUGGGCAGCUGUAUAUUAUACAAGAGGGCUUGGAGAGUACUGGCUGCACCAUAGUCUUCCUCAUCCUCUAUUACUUUGGCAUGGCUAGCUCUAUCUGGUGGGUGAUUCUCACAUUGACCUGGUUCCUGGCAGCUGGCAGAAAAUGGGGCCAUGAGGCCAUCGAGGCACAUGGAAGCUACUUCCACAUGGUCGCCUGGGGUGUCCCUGCUAUGAAGACCAUAGUCAUCCUAACCAUGCGCAAAGUGGCAGGAGACGAGCUGACUGGACUGUGCUAUGUGGGCAGCAUGGACAACGGUGCCCUGACUGGCUUUGUUCUCGUCCCCCUCUCCUGUUACCUGGUCGUGGGCACCUCGUUCAUUCUGACUGGCUUUGUAGCUUUGUUCCACAUCCGCAAGAUCAUGAAGACAGGAGGCACCAACACAGAAAAGCUGGAGAAGCUCAUGGUUAAGAUCGGGGUCUUCUCCAUUCUUUACACAGUGCCCGCCACCUGUGUGAUCAUCUGCUACGUCUAUGAGAGGCUCAACAUGGACUACUGGAAGUUCCGAGCCCUGGAGACCAAGUGCGUCUCAUUCCCUGGCCGCAGGACAGAGGACUGCUCCCUGGAUUCCUCAGUGCCCAACGUGGCUGUGUUCAUGCUAAAGAUCUUCAUGUCCCUGGUGGUGGGCAUCACUAGCGGUGUCUGGGUGUGGAGUUCCAAGACUCUGCAGACAUGGCAGGGCCUGUGCGCUAGGAAGCUGUCGAUGCGGCCCACCCGCAAGCCCUGCCCCGAUGUUGGCUGCCACUGCCACUACAAAGCAGCUGCGGCGACAGUGCAUCAUACGAUCAAAAUGGACCCAUACACAGACAGCCCCACGUGUGUCUGAGACUGCACCUGUGUGCAAAGGAAAGUGUUUGGUUGGGGGGGUGGUCUGCUAUGGCCGUGCCGAGACCAAACAGACAACGUGACCCAGCGGGAAGCUCGGGUGGGACCAUAGGACAAGUUGCUACACCUGUCAGUGGCACCAUUUGUCAGGAUUCAGGCAGGACACACGCAUGCACAUUUCCUUAAUGGGAAAGACUGUAGCACAACAUUCUGUGGCACUUAGGUUCCUGCAAGUGUAAAUUCAGACAUUUAUGUAUAAUCCCCCAGCAAAUGUUUAUUUAUUAAGACUAUUUAAAUGUCUUAGAUCUGGUAGGUUUGUACGGAAUUGUACAUAAGAGCAGAUAUUAAGCAAAGUUGGAUUUAAGGGAUUUGAAAGUAUGGCAGAUUCAUAAUUUUUUUUGGACAGAAGAAUAAUAAAACUAUAUUUUUCACAAA